GGGGCGACCGAACACCCAGCGGACACAGCCGUGACCGGUGAAGAAGACCGGCCUCGUUCAGAAAGCUGAUUAGCUUAGUCAGCAGAGGCGUUGUGGGUCAAUUUGUGCGGAGAUUGAAAAGACAGAAUAAUAAACAUGAAAAACGAAGGGAUAGAGGGGACAGAGCGGUUUCUGAGCCCAGACAAAGGCAGAGGCCUGCGGGCGCUGAGGGACUUCGCUGUUGGGGAGCUAGUGUUCGCCUGCCCUGCCUACUCCUACGUGCUGACCGUGAAUGAGAGGGGGGCUCACUGUGAGCACUGCUUCACCAGGAGAGAAGACCUUUUCAAGUGUGGUAAAUGUAAGCAGGCCUAUUACUGCAAUGUUGACUGUCAGCGAGGGGAUUGGCCCAUGCACAAGCUGGAGUGUGUGGCUAUGUGCACCCACGGGGAGAACUGGUGUCCAUCAGAGACGGUCAGGCUGGUGUCCAGAAUCAUAAUGAAACAGAGAGUAACAACAGAGCGGACCCCAUCAGAAAGGCUGCUGCUGCUCAAGGAGUUUGAAUCCCAUUUAGACAAGAUGGACAGUGAAAAGGACGAGAUGAACCAAGCAGACAUCGCAGCUCUGCAUUAUUUCUACUCCAAACACAUCAGUGACCUUCCUGAUGACCAGGAACUCACUGAGCUAUUUGCACAGGUAAACUGUAAUGGCUUCACAAUAGAGGAUGAAGAACUCUCACAUCUGGGCUCGGCUGUUUUUCCUGAUGUAGCACUGAUGAACCACAGCUGUAGUCCCAACGUCAUAGUGACUUAUAAAGGCACAGUGGCUGAAGUGAGAGCUGUACAGGAAAUAAAUCCAGGAGAGGAGAUCUUUAACAGUUACAUAGACCUGCUCUAUCCUACUGAGGACAGAAAGGAACGGUUAUUGGAUUCUUAUUUCUUUGGAUGCCAAUGCACUGAGUGCACCACCAAAUCGAAGGACAAGGCAAAGAUGGAGAUCAGGAAGCUCAGUUCUCCACCCGAGCCAGAAGAAAUCAAAUCCAUGGUCCAUUAUGCCAAAAAUGUCAUUGAAGAAUUUCGAAAAGCCAAGCACUACAAAACUCCCAGUGAGCUGCUGGAGAUGUGUGAGCUUAGUUUGGAGAAAAUGGGAGCCAUUUUUGCAGACACCAACGUCUACAUGCUGCAUAUGAUGUAUCAAGCUAUGGGCGUCUGCCUCUAUAUGCAAGACUGGGACGGGGCUAUGAGCUACGGGGAGAAAAUUGUUUACCCUUACAGUGUUCAUUAUCCUCCCUACUCUCUGAAUGUGGCCUCCAUGUAUCUUAAACUGGGACGGCUGUAUUUGGGGCUUGAGAAGAAGACACAAGGAGUUAAAGCACUAAAAAAGGCUCUGGCUAUUAUGGAGAUCGCUCAUGGAAAAGACCACCAUUAUGUAGCAGAGGUCAAGAGAGAAAUUGAGGAGCAGAAAUAAAUAAAUGGAGACAAAAGAAAAAUCACAAAUGCAUGGCAUGUGUCUUGUUCCUGCUUUUUAAACAUUUUUCUCUUCUUUAUAUGCAUUCUGACUGGACGACUACAUUUUAUUUCAGCUUGACUUACUGAGGACAGGCUUUAGGAAAAGCAAAUUGCAUUAUUUGAAAGCAGAUGGAUUUGAAUGACGAACAGCAAUUUGAAGUAUGUAUUUUAUAAAUGUGGUUUGUUGUGCUGAAGAUGCAUCACUAUAAAGAUCAGAAAGAAUCUUGUCAGUGGGGAAAAAGGAAUCUCAGCUGCUGCCUUUUAAAUGUCACAAGAAACUACAAAAUGUUCGUUAUUGCUCUGAAAAGAACAAGGAAAACCUCCAAUGAGUUUUAUUUUGUGGAAACAAACUAUAGGUCACCUUUAAUCUAUUUUCAGCCCUUUGACCUGGAUAGUGUUUUUGGGUCCAUAAAAGCUGGGUUUGUUCUGUGCUCAAAGUAUUUGAAAUUAACGUAUUCAGCAACAAAGAAGACGUUCUUGAUUGUUGAUGUUUACUCUGUGAAAAAAAGACUGUGCAUCACGACUAUUGUAGCAACAAAAAGACAAUGCAAGCUAAUAUGUCCAAAUAGUUUAUUUACUGGCAUGUUAUUUGUAUGUUGCUUGUUUUUAAAGAACCACGAAGUGCUGCAUGCCCCCCCCCCCCCCCCCCCCCUUCUGCAUACAGCUUGUAGUUCAAGUGUGCUGCAGGUUUAUGCAAGGAAGUGUACAUUUCUUAGUGGGACUUUAUACAAUGGUGCUGAUCUGAUUCCAUUGAUGUUCAUGAAGUGAAACGGAAAAGACUGAAAACUGGUUCUGACCAAUAAUCUUGAAUCAAAGCAUAUUUUAUAUCUGAAUAAAAGAUGGAAUUCUGUGCUUUUUUUCCUUCAUGUUGUCAUAUGCAGUGUUGUAUCUGUUUAUUGUUCUCUCUGUAAACUCCAGACGCCUUCGGCAUACCAGCUACAAGUUGCAUAUUGUAUUUCAAUGAUCAUACUGGGGUAUGGGAUACAUUUUGUCUGUUCAAAGUCUUUAUGUACCGGUAGCAUCUUUUUACCUGCUUGCAGCUCUUCCCUCUUGUUUACUCUUUGUUAAAUGCAUCCCAAUAAUGGGGAAAGACAGAACUCUGUGCAUCCGGUUCUCAUAUUUGUAGCACUUAUGUGACUUUUUUCAUCACGUGGAAUAAUGCAUUCAGAAUGUAUCAGUUUUUCAAGAAAAUCUAGUUCACAAGCAAGUACCAUGUUGCCUGCAGUUCAACACUUUCAAUAUUUUGCAGUUCUGCAUGUGGAGAUUUUUCUUGUAAAUUAAGUGUGCACGAGUCUAAUGUCCGAUCAUACACUCCUGGUUUCAGAACAGUUGAUUUUUACCACCAGAUUUUUUUCUUUUUUUGUGUGUGUAUCAUUGAUAAUGUAAAAUGUUUGUGGUCAUAGAAAGUUCUAUAACUCAUUCUGCAUGCAGGUCGUUUAUAACUGGAAAGUAAUCGGUGCUACAGUUUAAUUAGAAACCAUGAAUAUCGAUUAAGAAUGCUAAACUAAGAUCAAAACAUUUUUCUGGCUCUGUUUUAUCGUUUCAUUAACUAAUUGCUAAUUGUUCAUUUGAUCACGAAACGUGUUUGUUUUAGUUUCUUUUUUUUAUUUUGAGAAAAAAAAGGAUUAAAUUUGUCCCAACUA